UGACAAGACCAGCUCAUUUUUUCGGCAAAAACAACUUGUUGGGAAGCCAUCUUUCAUCUCGAUGGCACCUUUCAGAUGUGCAUCUGUGAGCUCUCGUAAUCGCUGCAGCACUGCCACGUGUAAGACCGUCUGAAAAUCGUGUCUCGGCGGGCCAAGAAUGGAGCUCAAGCACACGGCGAGAGCAUUCUGCUCGAGCAGAGGGUAGUUGUAUGAAUUCGGUGGACAGAGGACCGACAGUAGAAAGUAGUUGUAGCAAUUGAAGCUCCGACGCCAUCUUCGCUACCCCAGACACGAGGCCAAUCCGAUACGCCGGCGGUCGAUCUCAGCUCAUUAUCUCGCACACACACACACUCGCCACCGCGUGCAAUCUCAUGCACUGUCGCUGGCACGAGCCUGCCCGGCAGCAGUCACUUCCCAUGCGGAGACGGGGGCCAGGGGUGGACUGACGAGGGCGCGGCCGCGCGGGGCAUAUCUCCUGGUCGGCACUGUGGGUGGACGGGCCAUCCGCUGGCAAGACAAAUGAUUGGUUUCGACCUUUGGCCCCGAAGCGGAAAGAGCCGGCCUUCUUGACUCGGGGAAAAGGAGUGUGCCGAACCCCACGUGUUGGGGUGCGAUCGUGGGGCGCCAACAGAAAAUCAGGGAGGGCCGCAAUGAGAUGGUCGCACCAGAGGAUAAGAGACAAAGCAAAAAGGAUGCGAGUUCCGGAAAAAGCCAGCGAUAGACCAUAAACGGAGGGAGGCCAGGGCUUUCGAGCGUGGUGAUAAAAAACAAACAAAGGACGACGAGAUCAUUGUGGUCCCAAUGGAGACAAGAACAUGCUGCUUCGCACAAUCAACAACCAGUGAGGUGACUUGCCCUCUUCCCUCAUAAAUCGCUCUGCCUCAGAGGGUGGUGGCAGCCCCCGUCACAGUCUCCUCCCGCCCUCAACCCAGCAUCCGCCGUCGAUGAACCGUUCGCAGCAGCAUCCGAGUACUGAUCAGCAGACAUUGAUGGCGAGGGCAUCCACUGGCACCCAUAUGUGGGUGAACCAGGAACCCUGCGGACAGCGGGGAUGCAUGCACAUCUAUUCAUUCAGCCAUCUCUCCGCGCUGCCGGCCUUGAAAGCCGGCCAUGCAGCAGAAUGCGGCGGGGCAGUGUCACAAUUGCCCCAGGCCGCAGUUCCGACGUUGGAGAGUAGCAUGACGAUGCGUCUAGAGCCGUUGGAUCUGAAUCCUGCGUAUCCCGAGGGAUAUGGGUACGAUCUUGAUCAGAUUCGGAUGGGCCAACGAGAUAUAGCCGUCCAUAGUGCCAUGGAGGAUACUGGAGCGCGAUCCAUCCCCAGAGCGCGAUCCUACAUCCCCAGAGUGCGAUCCUCCAUCCCCAGGCUGCGCCAUCUCCGUGUAUGGGAGGACCCAUCCCCCGACGAGAUAGAGACCAAUCUCGUUGGUCCCUACGCGCCGUUGGUCGGUGUACCUUCUACAUUCUCGAGCCAAUCACGAGUCGGCACCAGCCCCCAGUUCACAGCAGAUUCUGCUCGAUCACCGCUCGCCGAGCUUGCCUCUCUGUGCUCCAGAUACAAUCCGAUGCCGGCGUCCAAUCCACAGUCGGCCGGCCCAGCAUCUCUGGUCUCCGCAGAUCAUUCUCUGUCGCCGAUGUCGACUUCUGGGUGGCAGAGCCCACAAACGCAGUCUUUGCCACCGGUGACGAGAAGAGCUCCUCCGCCCACGUCGUCAUCUCCGACGACCAGUCUCUCUGCGGAGACUCCCUCCGGACCGUCGAGUGCCCACUCGGCGACAUCCGAGACCGACUCCGCUUCCCCUCCGCUACGCAGAGAAAAGACCGAGCCUUGCCAACUGCCGCCGGUGCGCAGAAUCGACAAGCACGGCGUCGUAUGGUACUGCACCGUGUUCCAGAACGAUACCGACUCAGGCUGGGCUACUGCUGUCUCGAAACAGGUGCGGCGGCGCCUUGAAAAUCCACCGGCUAGAAGAGGCGGGAAGAAGACGAAGACCAGCCAUACACUGGCUGAGCGGAUCAGGAUCCUUGCUACUGAUCCCUGGGUGGAAUCGUUCCAUGCGAGGUGCGCGUUGUGCCGGGCGUGCGGGCAGCCUUUCCAGCUGGACGGCCGCAAGGACUUCUAUGGAUAUGCCUGGACCAAGCACCGCGAGCGGUGCCCCAAAAUCAAGAAGAAGCGGUUGCAGCUGAAAGCUGGCACGGAGGCCCAACUCAAAAGCUUCACUGCGUACUACGCCGAGCCAAGCAGAAAGUCGACAAAGCGGAAAGCAAACGAAUCCGAUCCGCGUGCAGACGCCCUGCCCGGGGACGAGACGACGGGCGCGAAAAAGCCGCGGACCAAAAAGCGUGGGCGGCCGUCGUCUGCUUGAAGAGGGGGCUGAAGAAGUACUGCAAUUGUAAACUACUGGCAUUUGCCCAACGGACGUCCCUCGUCCGCAUAUGUAAUCCUGCCUCCUCGUCCCUGAUGUACCCAUGCGUUUCCAAUGUACACUGAGCGAAUUGGUCGUUUCCUGCUGAAGACAUGCGUCGUCGUUAAGACCGAGAUGUAAGAGCGAACGCACCACCAUGAAUCACCCGCGCUGCUGCCACACAGCACACACGCAUCUUCCAUCCCAGCGCUGCAGUGGAUAUAGAAACGAGCGUUCCAGCCACUGGCGUUUUGUCGGCCGCCACCAUCCCGUACUCCUCCUGCCCCCUCCUUCCCUUUCUCGAUGCAAAAUCUGAUGCUGCAGCCCUCCCGACGGUACCGCUGCCAGGAAUAUGGCUUUCAAGUAGCUCGUAGGUCGUCUACCCUCCCGCACUCAUGUCUGAGUUCCAGGCCCAUCGUAUCAUGAAGUCUCCCCUCAUUUGCUUGGGCGGUGUGAUGUCGUCUGGUGCUCUGGUCGAGGAAGACGAUCAAAACUUCCGGGAAAGCAGGUCGGGCCGAUCGAUGGCAAAGCCAAAGGAGACGUGGACCGGGAGCCCAAAAGUCUUAUCGAACGCAGUACGUCGCAACUGGCUGAGAUGUCUGGCCCUCUGGUCAAAGCAGUGGAGGACUCGAUUAUGGGUUAGGGUUGCCGCGCUGAGCUUCCAGGCACUACACAGGGCUUAGGUCGAGCAGGACCAACCGUUCCUGAGGCUGCAAGACGACAAGGCUUCGAGGCCGCUCAAUAUCAAUGAUCACUUCCAAGCACUUGUUUGUCAGACCAGCAGCUCUUAUUUAUCCGAAUCGUCGACACGACUUUCUCCAAGUCGAUUGCUUUACGGGCGCUUAAUUCAUCAAUCCGAAAGAAAGAAACAUGGGGGGCAUCACAAAAAAAACAAGCCACUUGUGCUGUUGCGAUCAGCGAAGUGUGACGCAUAAGGAAAUCGUCGAUUGAGAUAAGAUUAGAUCGAAAAGGGGGUAGCAUCUCCUCAACCAAAAAGAGAUAACGCGCUGUAUUUGACGCUUUCCCUUUGCAGAUUCCUCCUGAGGUGUACUCUGGAAUUCCUGAAGCAACUUGCUGCUGGCUGCGCCCGUUGAUUGGAAAUGAAAUCACGAAGGCGUCGAGACAAGAUAAGCGACGCUGAGCCUUGAUCGAUCAUCAUCGAUCAUCCCCGGUCCGAUUCAGGCGAGGCCCUUUCACUAACAAUUUUCUCCUCGGAACAAGUUUCCUCCUCACUUGCUCCUCCUCCCCGCAUGUCCUCGUCGUAAUGCUUGCUACUCUAUUCUCGUGCUGCUUGGCUCCGCGCGCCAAAGGCCCGCGCCAUGGACGAGCUCCUCUUGAUGCGAAUCCGACCGAGACGACGAACCUGAUCCCGACGAGCGCCAGUGAAGACCUCACGUCAUUGCCCCCAUCAAACGACGGAAUCGACCACCAGAAACUGCAAGAGCGCUAUGGAAGUAUAGUACGUGCGAAGGAAAGCAAAAUGGUCAACCUGACUGCCCGAGCGCCAUUUGUGCUCCAAGUCGUCUCUCCGUCAUCCUCGACACCGGUCUCUCCCGUCCUUCCCAAUCAAGAACCUGCGAUUGACGCGGACAUGCCGACACCCGCCGCAAAACCAUCGACCUCUCCGGUCCUCUCAUCGCAGCCCAUUCUGUCCCGCCGCCCGCCCAUCCUCACGAUGACCCCGGCGGUGGUGCGCCCAGCCUCGCGCAUGACACUGGGCUACGACUCGCGCUUCUCGUCACCCAACACAUCGCGCUCGUCGUCCCGCCGCCGGCCCGAAUUCGAUGGCUCGUCCGCUUAUCGCGACAACCGCUUCUCGGCCUUACACGGCGCGCAGCAGCACAUGCAUCCGGAUCUGGGCAGCACAUGGCGGCGCCCGGCAUUCACCGCGGCGGAGAGUGAGUGGCCGGAAAGCGAGACAGAGACGGAGGAGAGUGCUGCUGAGUCUGAUGGCGAUGACGAGGAGGAGGAAGAAGAGGAGGAGAGCGUUUCUCGUGGGAGUCAGGACAAACACAAGCCUGAAGAUGUGGAUGCCAAGGUGUCCCCAGUCUCGUGUGCCCCGCUAGCAUCGCGCACGACUACGGCGGAUCCUACUGUGGCGAUCCCCGUCGCAGACAGCACAGACACCGAAGACCCAUUGGACAUUGCCUUUUCGUGGAGUGAUGCUUGAUACUUGCUACAUACGUCGGAACACUUCCUCAUAGUUUUUCACUGGUCUACUAUGGUUACCCUCACGAAUACUGCAUUUGUUGUAUACAUCUACGAAGCUACUGUAUCCGCUUUUUUGACUUCUGUCGUACUUAUUGAUUGACGAAAGCUCGACACCCCUGUCCGCGGCACAGACCCC